AUGUACGCCUUGUUGGCGCUGGUCGCGGCGAGGAACAGCAGAUGCGACGGGCACGAGCUACCGACUCAAGUCACUCGACGGCUCGUUGCACGGGACACGACUCAGUAUCACCAUCGGGGCUUCCACAAUUCCAUUGUCGCUGGCAAUUACUUGUAUAUCGACGGCGGCGAGUUGACAACUUGGAACGGCAGCGGCGAUGGAUUACAGGCAUCGAAUCCACAGGACGAGGGGGACAUUGUCACGGCGACAGACCUAUCAUCAUCCUGGACGAACAGCUCCGUGACCAUCAACAAAAUACGCAAGUCCGCACCGGUCCUGAACAAUGAGGCCCUUUGGCUCGAUGCUUCCGGAGACACCUUCUACGCUUACGAUGGCGGCUUAAGUAUGGGAGAUCCGAACUGGUUGGAUAUUGAAGUUCCCUCCAAUGCCCUGUGGCAGUUCACACCGCGUGGAGACGCCGGCCGUUGGUCCCAGGUGCCGUUUGACCCUUCUUCCAAUUUCUCGGCGCUUUCAAGGGUGACAGUUGGAAACUAUGCUUAUGGAAAUGGGCUUGGAUUCUCGCUUGGUGGACAGCAGAACUAUGCUACGUUCCACUACGAGGAUUUCGACAAUCCUUAUGAGGAUUCCAUGCUCGCCCCUGGGCUCGUUAUGUACAACUUCACAUCUCAAGAAUGGUUCAACUUUUCAUCGGAGGACUACAGCUAUUCCGGCUUUGCGGGUUCCGGCAUGGCCCAUUUUGUGCCUAUUUUCGGGACGGAUGGACUCCUGCUAUCCUUCGGGGGCUGGAGCAAUGAGGACCACCAGUUGUUGUCGCUGCAGUACGCUUCGAUGUACGACCCUAUGACCCAGCAAUGGCAGAGACAGAUGACCACGGGCAAUAUCCCACACGAGACUCAAAACGGCUGCGUCGUUGGCGUGGAAGGUGAUGAUGGUACAUAUGAGAUAUUCUUGUACGGCGGCCAAGUCAAGGACGACGUCUCCAGCACGGUAUCCAACGGCGCAGUCUACGUCCUCUCCCUGCCUUCUUUCCACUGGACGAAGCAAGACGCUCCCACCAAGCUCGGUCGUUGGAUGCACUCAUGCAAUGUUGUCGCCAACAGACAGAUGGUUGUGGUGGGUGGCAUUACCGUCCGACCGAAGGAUUCGACCGACGCUUUCACGGUAUCUGGUGGCUCUCCUGACCCUUGGGACAAUGGUCUAGGCAUCUUCGACCUUACCGAUAUGGAGUGGAAGUCGCAGUAUGAUGCGGCUGCUGGGACAUAUGUGACGCCGCAAGCCGUCAAGCAGUACAUUCAAAGGAAUGGGAAGUACCCGGCGAAGUGGGCCAACGUCGAGACGGCGUCGUGGUUCACAAAGCGCAUCGCGGCCAGCGCAGCUUCAUCCUCUUCAGAUGGCGGCGACGACGCCGAUUCCAACGACGACUCCGACAACGAUUCCAACGACUCCAACACCGACGCCUCGAAUAGCGACGCCUCCAACAACGACAUCUCCAAAGAUGACAGCAAUAGCGACUCAAGCUCAACGAACACAGGCGCAAUAGCAGGCGGCGUUGUCGGCGGAGUAUUGGGCGCUGCUCUUAUCGCCGGCAUAAUAUUCUUCGUCCUGCGCAGACGCAGGCGGCAGAAGCUUGACGUAGCGCAUGAAAAAGACGGGACAUCAGUGACAACGGACGCUAAGUACGGCGCCGGGUCAGGCCCUCGAGCCGAACUGUCAGGCGAAAAUCCGCUGGUCGAACUGCCUGCGUACCGAGAAGAGUACAAGCCGGAACUUGGUGGGCGGCCGAUGAAGAAUUGA